GUCACAACCAAACCGCUAGUAACGGCUGGAGACCCCGCCUUCCGGCCACAAAAGGCCCCGUCCGAUACACUGUUACGCCAGAUACGCAGUGGGGACUCACGCCCCUCUGGAGGCAGUGUCUGCGGGAUUCGCCCUCCUCACUCCCCUGCCCCGUCGAGCAUAGGGAGGGCUAGAGUCAUAGAUGCGGUUCCCCAGCCCCAGAGGGCAUCUUUUGACCAGAUAGCUCUUGCUGUCACAGUUUGCGCCGCGUGGUCCCAGCCGUCCAGUCCCCCAGCUCCAGUUGUCGUCGGGGGCCCCUUGGCGGCUCCUUCCGCCCCUCGGGGGCCCUGCCCUCUCUCUGCUUUAUUUCCGCUCUUCCCCGACAUCUUCCGGCCGCUUCCCACCUGCUGCCCUCCAUGUUCUCCUAGCACUGCCUCCGUCGACCGCCACACGUCAAGGGCGUCUGGUCGUUGUGGCGCCCGCGCGUCCCCUGUAGAGCCUUUGGGACGACGUCCGGGGCGUCCCGACUGCUGGGAAUUGCAACCAUGAAUGAAGAAAACAUAGAUGGAAUAAAUGGAUGCAGUAAAGUCAGAACUGGUACUCAGAAUGAAGCAGCAUUACUUGCUUUGAUGGAAAAGACUGGUUACAACAUGGUUCAAGAAAAUGGGCAAAGGAAAUUUGGUGGUCCUCCUCCAGGUUGGGAAGGUCCACCUCCACCUAGAGGCUGUGAAGUUUUUGUAGGAAAAAUACCUCGUGAUAUGUAUGAAGAUGAGUUAGUUCCUGUAUUUGAAAGAGCUGGAAAGAUAUAUGAAUUUCGACUUAUGAUGGAAUUUAGUGGUGAAAAUCGCGGUUAUGCUUUUGUGAUGUACACUACAAAAGAAGAAGCCCAAUUAGCCAUCAGAAUUCUUAAUAAUUAUGAGAUUCGACCAGGGAAGUUUAUUGGUGUGUGUGUAAGUUUGGAUAAUUGCAGGCUAUUUAUUGGAGCUAUUCCUAAGGAAAAGAAGAAAGAAGAAAUUUUGGAUGAAAUGAAGAAAGUUACAGAAGGAGUUGUAGAUGUCAUUGUUUAUCCAAGUGCAACUGAUAAGACCAAAAAUCGUGGUUUUGCAUUUGUUGAAUAUGAAUCUCACAGAGCUGCUGCUAUGGCUAGGAGAAAACUAAUUCCAGGUACAUUCCAACUAUGGGGCCAUACCAUUCAGGUAGAUUGGGCUGACCCAGAGAAAGAGGUUGACGAGGAAACAAUGCAGAGAGUUAAAGUUCUCUAUGUAAGAAAUUUAAUGAUCUCAACUACAGAGGAAACAAUUAAAGCAGAAUUCAACAAAUUCAAACCUGGUGCAGUUGAACGAGUAAAGAAACUUAGAGAUUAUGCUUUUGUUCACUUUUUCAACCGAGAAGAUGCAGUGGCUGCUAUGUCUGUUAUGAAUGGAAAAUGCAUUGAUGGAGCAAGUAUUGAGGUAACACUGGCAAAACCAGUAAAUAAAGAAAGCACUUGGAGACAGCACCUUAAUGGCCAGAUUAGCCCUAAUUCUGAAAACCUGAUUGUGUUUGCUAACAAAGAAGAGAGCCACCCAAAAACUCUAGGCAAGCCACCAACUCUUCCAGCUCGUCUCAAUGGUCAGCAUAGCCCAAGUCCUCCUGAAAUUGAAAGAUGCACUUAUCCAUUUUUUCCUGGAACAAAGCUUACUCCAAUUAGUAUGUAUUCUUUAAAAUCCAAUCAUUUCAAUUCUGCAGUAAUGCAUUUGGAUUAUUACUGCAACAAAAAUAACUGGGCACCACCAGAAUAUUAUUUAUAUUCAACAACAAGUCAAGAUGGGAAAGUACUCUUGGUAUAUAAAAUUGUUAUUCCUGCUAUUGCAAAUGGAUCCCAGAGUUAUUUUAUGCCUGACAAACUCUGUACUACCUUAGAAGAUGCAAAGGAACUGGCAGCCCAGUUUACGCUACUUCAUUUGGGAAAAGAUGAGACCAUUACCUCCACAAAACUUAGGAAGAAGAGGAAGAGAUUCCUCCCUUGAUCUCUCCUCAGUUAACACUUAAGCACCCCUCAGAGAGUCCCUAAGUCACAGAUCUCUUUAUGAAAGCUGGGAUUGAGAGCUCUUAGGGACAUGAAAAAAAUAGGCUUACAUGGAAAAACAGGUGAGAUUUCCUUUUAAAUUUUAGAGAAACCUAAGGAUAACACGAACAAGAAAACAAUUAGGGAGAAGAGAACAGCUACAAUAAUGAGGACUAAUAUCUACUGGGUUCUUAAUACUUGAUAGCAAUUUAUAUGCCUAUUUUAUUUAUUUAUAUUGUAACUUUGCAAAGUUGGUACGGUAUUACCAUUUCCAUGAGGAAAUGAUGGUUUUGACACAUAAAGUACAUCUCCUAGGUUACUCAAUUGGUAACUGACCAUGGUGGACUGGAACCCAGAUCUCUCUGACCCAGAAGUCCAUCAUAUUACCAUCCUCCUCUGUGGAAGAAGGGCCUCUCUUGGGUUGUUUUCUGCCUGAUGAUCUUUGGGAAACUGCUGCAGCUGGUAGAGGCCUUCUGUUUCUGUGGCCCAUCAUCUGCCCUGGCCUCUUGUCCUCCUCAUGUCAAGUAUCUAGAUACCUAGCAGGAUUACCUGCCCAAUGGGGGCUCAGUUGGCUCUCGCUGUUUCUUAUGCCACUUCUUACCCUUGCCAUGCCCUUGCUGGCCGCAACUUUGUUCAGAUCUCCUCUAGACUCUGCCCAAGAGUCAUGCCCUUUGCCAUGCCAUCAUCUCAAAGGCUCAUUUGAAGACAGGGUUUCCUAAAGCUUUGUUGGCCCACGUGUGGGAUGGGGAAGAACUGGGGAGAGAGGCUAGUGAAGGAGAUCCAACUCAAGUAGUAUCUGGUACACAUGUGUCAGUAUCCCCAGAAGCCUUGCUUCAUGUACACCAAGGAAGACUUCUCAUCCUGUGGGCAUAAGUCAAGAAUACAGACACCGUAUGCAGUUUCUGAACUGAAUAUUUAUCUUCUUGGUAGGAAGAGAUCUUUACUCUAAUUUAAAUAUAGAACACGAAUACAAGACUUGAUGAUUU